AGCAGUGUGUGAAUGUGGCAGCCGAGGUAGACAGGGAGGGGUACAUAGGCUGGCCAGACCCGGGUUCUUGUCUUUUUUCCCUUUAUUUUUCAUUUCUCGCACAGCCGAGUGUUUACAGUUGGUGCACCGCCGUGGUUGUGAAGUUGCGUACGGGGCAGAAAACCCGGCCGCUGCUGCUUUUCUCCGGGACUAACCGCUGUCGUUGUGAAAACAGUCCAGAAGAAAGAAGGAAAGGGAGAAACAACAUGGGGCGAUAAUAAAAAAAUGUGCUGUGUUGUGAGCCGACGAUGACUCUCUGGGAGGACCCGUGAAGCUUAUUUAUUUUUAUUUAUCCUCCCCUCCCUCCCUUCUUCCCUUUUUCCUAGUGUCCUCUUUUGUUUUAUUUUUUAACAUUUCUCCUACCCCCCCUGCUAGUUUGGGAGAUUUUUUUUCUUAAAGGAAAAGGCAACAGGAAGAUUGAAGCAUGGACCAAGCCGGCAUCCUGAGAAAGUUUAUCCAGGGGGUGAAGGCCAUGAGAGAGGGGGACGAUGAGAGGGGAGAGGAUAACUUCGGCAGCGACUUUAUGAGGUUACGGCGGUUAUCAACAAAGUACCGGACAGAGAAGAUCUACCCGACCAACAUAGGAGAGAGGGAGGAGAAUGUCAAGAAGAACAGAUAUAAAGAUAUACUGCCAUUUGAUCACAGUAGGGUAAAGCUGACAUUAAAAACAACCAAUCAGGACACAGAUUACAUCAAUGCUAACUUCAUUAAGGGUAUGGAUGGCCCAGAGGCCUAUAUUGCAACUCAGGGUCCACUGCCAAACACUGUCAUUGACUUCUGGAGGAUGAUCUGGGAGUACAAUGUAUCUGUUAUUGUGAUGGCUUGUCGAGAGUUUGAGAUGGGAAGAAAAAAGUGCGAGCGGUAUUUCCCGAUGCAGGGGGAGCAACCCAUGAGCUUUGGGCCUUUCAAAAUCUCCUUCGAGUCAGAGCAGGCCAGAACAGACUACUACAUCAGGACUUUGACGGCACAGUAUGAGAAUGAAACCCGGCGGAUAACACAGUUCCAUUAUAUGAACUGGCCAGAUCAUGAUGUCCCUUCAUCAUUUGACUCCAUACUGGAUAUGAUCGGACUGAUGAGAGAAUACCAAGAGAAUAAUGAUGUCCCGAUUUGCGUGCACUGCAGUGCAGGCUGUGGGAGGACAGGCGCUAUCUGUGCCAUUGACUACACAUGGAACCUCCUCAAAGCUGGGAAAAUCCCAGAAGAUUUUAAUGUAUUCCGGUUGAUCCAGGAGAUGAGGACGCAGCGACACUCAGCUGUUCAAACCAAGGAGCAGUAUGAGCUAGUUCACAGAGCCAUCGCUCAACUGUUUGAGAAACAGCUACGGCAACUGGAGAGUCCCACCAGCACACAGAUCCAUGAUGGCAUGGAUGAAAGCAGUCCUGACAAAGCAAGCCACCACUCAUCCGAUGAUACAUGGGACACGCCACCUCCAAAACCUCCCCGCAUUCGAAGUACGCAGGUAGAAGGUGAUGUAAAGGAAGAGAUCCUCCAGCCCCCAGAGGCUCAUCCUGUACCACCCAUUCUGACACCAUCUCCACCCUCAGCCUUCCCCACUGUCACGAACGUACGACAGGACAAUGACCGUUACCAUCCCAAACCCGUCAUCCACGUUCUGGCUACUACUCAGCAAAACGUGACAGAGGACAAAGACGUGGACCAGCAGCAGAACCAGUUAGAUGCCAGUCCAAACAAACAGACCAGUCCCUCAGAGCAGAAAGAUCAGGAGCUACUAAUCCGAAAACAGCAGAGUCAGGUCUCAAAUCUGGAUCUCAAUGACAACUACAACAACAAAUUGUCUUCAACAAAGUCAGAAUCAGGCCAAAGCCAAACUCAGACCCCCUCCUCCUCGCCCCUCUCCCCAGUUGUUGAUUGUUCUGGUGCUCCUCGAAUCGAGAGGAAGCUCAGCAUUGAGAUUAAAAAGGUGCCGCUGCAAGAAGGACCUCGCAGCUUUGACACCUCCUCCUCAAUGGGAGUAGCAAGCGGACAGGGCUCCAGCUCUAGUAACAACAGCUGCAUGCUGCAAAGAAGUCUCGCAUUUAAAGCUCGCACUACUCAGUCCCUACUGACGUCCAGCUCCUCACUGUCAGAGGACUCAGGCACAGAGGGAGGAGGAGUUGGUGGAUGUGGGGAGAGUAAAGCAGAUGGAGGCAUCCUAGCCAGGCCGAACCACCUCCCUGUCAAGAGUGGAGAGAAGGUGGAGAUGCAGGGAGGGGAAGUGAAAGCUGGCCACGCAGCGUGGACUCAACAAAGCAACAGCCCGGAUAAACUGUACCCCAAGACCUCCUCUUCCUCUUCCUCCUCAGACCGUGUGGCUCCAUCCUCAUCAUCUUCCUCCCACCUUUCUUCUUCCUCUUCCUCUUCCUCCUCCUCCACACCUGUUAGGACUGCCCUGAGUUUCACCAACCCCCUGCACUCAGACAACUCGGAUGAGGAGGGGAACGGGGAGAUGUCUGGAGGAGGAAAGGAGGGUUUCCAUACAAGUGUAUCCACAUCGACUGCCCUGGUAACAGCAUCCCCUCAACAUAGAGACCAGCAGCCAGUCAGAAAGGUGUCCCCGAUGUCAAUUGCAGGGCAGAUCACACCAUUGCCCUCUUCAAACACAGCAAACCCUUUGGAAGUGAGAACGUCAGCGUCAGCCGAGUGGAGCAGUUCACAGAAAGAUGUGUCUGACUGUGUGAAGACCUCUCCAGCUGACCCUUCAUCGGCUGGCAAGACAACAGACGGCAAGCCAGAGCUGGGUGGGGUUCGGUAACCGCUGCAUUCAGCCCAAAGGUCCUCGAGAACCCCCGCUGGAGUGGACAUGAUGAAACAGUCCGGCUGCCCGUCCACCACCACCAUCCUCCCUUGUCAGGAGAUGGAGUCUACCAAUCUCACCUGGCUGGUCCAAAAACCAAGUUUAUUGCUACACAGUCAGCGCAUUUUUACAUAGAAGCACCUGAGUAACUGUUUGCCAGUACCCUCCUCCUCCUCCUCGCUCCUUCCUGCAAAGUGCCACUGUGCCGAGCAGAACAGUCGAGAGGCUAGAACAAAGCUCAUGUUCUCCUCCUCAGCUUGCUGAUGUUGGCAGGUUUGACUACUCUAGAUGCUGACCUGGGAUCAGUUUGGUUAUUUUCCUGUUAAUGAUUAAAGGAUAAUUCCUGUGGGGGCUUUUUAUUUUUAUCCUCCUCCUUUUUUGGUGACUGGAGAGUAGACUAAGAGCGGGUAUGUUUGUCCUCCAUGAGCUGUAGACACCUCACUUUCUAGGCUAACUGAAGAGGGCUCUAGGAGUAACUCUUAGAUGGUCAAUAUAAAUAAAAAGUGUUCAGGUUGAACACCUUUGUUUCAAGCCAAAUGAGAAUUUUUUUUUUUUUUUUUUUUUGUCCUAUAUCAGGAAUUAUCUUCAAUCAGAAAAGCUACUGUAGGAGGCUGAUUCCUGAUGUUUACCUAAGCUCCCAGAAGUUGUCUGCUGCCUCCUACUGAAUGAACAACAAUCUUGAAAGCAAACUUAGAUAAUCUGUUACCCUGGAUGCAACCUUUCCUGUUGAGUAUGCACAGGUUGCCGGGGUGCUUUGUCUCCCUCUUUCAAAGUGCUGGUGCUACAUUAUAAAGGAUCAUCGCAGAAACAGAAGCACUAGAGCUGACUGUUACCUGUUUCUCACCGCUGUGUUUGGAUUUAUUCCCGUGUUAGCUUUGCUAUUUCACAUGUCCGUGCUCUUCUGCCAGAGUUACAGGCUAACAUCGUUUGGCCAUUGUAGUGUUCAUUAAAUACACUUAGCGUGAACUGCUGCUGAUGAGUUUGUGGCAGUGGGCAUUAAUAAGCAUGUGGCAACUUCCUGGUCUUAAUUUUUUUUUUUUUUUUUUUUUUAAAAGACGGAAGUGCCAAGGCCUGCAGUUCCUGUAGUGGCCACUUGAGGCUUCCGCCAAAAGUGUGUCAGCUUACAUAGACUCCCAUUUUAAAAUAUCCAUCUUUUAAAGCAUUAAACACAUUGACAGCCUCUAUAGCUCAUUUGCCCCUCCAAACCAAGCGUACGGUAGGUGGAUUUAUCAGCUUAACUUAUCCAUAUGGGAAUUGGUGAGGCUUUAAGUUUUGAUUGACAGGUGUACCCACCCAGGAAGCAAUUUUGUGUUGUGGGUGAUUUGUAGGGCAUUUUUAAUAUCUGAUUUAUUGUGCAGACCAUCCAAGAACUUUGUGCUUCAGUGUUGGUGAGCGAAAUUCUACCAUUUUAUUAGUUUAUUACUUAGCACUUAUUAGCGGACACGCGUCUUUACAAUGUGCCUGUCUGACCUUAAAAAACAAAUAAACAACAAAGCUAAAAUUGAGGUUUCAAAACGAGAGUCCAAAACUAAUUGGUGAAAGCAGCAUCAUAUACAGUCUGUGAUCUGAAAGCAAACACAGUGAUUGUCUGUGAGCUCUGGUAUAGUUCCCUCUUAAAUUAAUUGAAGUACUUUUUAAAAGGCAACGCACAUCAGAUAAAAUGGCAUUAAACACAAAAAUAGCCAAACAUGUCAGCUCUGUGACUCUGGCUCUCACUGCUGGGACCAUGCAUCUCCCUUACUCCACCUGUCAGAGAAAACAGCCAAUGUUCUGUUCUUCUCUUCUUUGUUUUUCUGGCAUUUCUACUUGGGACUCAUAUUUGCCAUUUAUUUCCUGUUUUUCUGUUGGAUUUCUCUCUCAUGGUCAUUCAUUUGAGGGCCUCAAAGUUUUUUUGUUUUUGUUUUGUUUUUUUGUUUUUUUUCCUUUUAGCUGCCAGUUUGCUCAUAACAAACCUCAGUGUUUCGGAGUCUGAAUGUCACGCAUCACUUGAAAGGCUUGAAACUUUUGACUUGACAGAUUAAAAUUAAACCUCCAAGCCUUCUCUACAAGGUUGGUUUUGCAUCUGAUGGUGUGUUGUUCUUUACCUGCUUCUGAGGCAAUGAUCCAAUAAGGCAACAGCAGCCAGGGACCCAGGACUACUGUUUUCUCCUUUUUAUCAACUUCUCCUUGAUUAGCUGCCGUAACAAUACAGUAUAUGCAUUAUUUUAUAAAUAACUGUACAGGACAGUUUAGGUAUAAAAUACUUAAGUUUUUUUUUUCUCUAUCUCUUAAAUGUUCCUAUUAACAGAAGAUGUAAGAAAGUCAGUGCAUGAUGAUGAAUCCUCCCUAUACAUAAUGUUUUCCUUUAAACUGUAAAUUAUUCUGCUACCCUUUUGUUUUUGCCUCUGGCAAAUAUUUCAGGUUUGUUUUUGUUAAUUUUGUUUUGUUUUUUUUAAUUAUGCUUAGCAGGUUUAAAAAAAAAAGUUUUAAAUGGUUGGCAGUAGAUAAGCAAAGACUGCCAGCCAGCCCCCUUUUCAGAUAACUACAAUGGGCUCUGAACAAGAUUGUAGUAAUAAUGAUGAUAAUAAUAAUAAUGGUUUUGUUUUUGUAAAUGGUAUUUGAAAAGUUAUUUUUGUAUACGCGGUUGUUUGUUGUGACACAAGUCCACUGCCCUCUCCCAGCCAACCCAAACCUCAACUUUUCUCCUCUUGCUUGCUCUCGUCUCCAUUGUCAUUUCUUAUCCUCUUAGAUCUGUUUUGUUUUUAUUUUUAUUUGCUCUUUCAGUGGAAAACGUGCAACUGAGAUGAAUGUCCUGUUCUCUACAAGGAGCAUUUCAUUAUUUUAUUUUUUUUCCCCCCUCUGUCACUUCCUGCUUACUUCCCAUUCUGUCUUGCGUCUUUAAUCUUCCUACACUCCCGCCCUUUUUUCUCAGUUUUUGCAAAAGCUGUCAUUUCCAACCCGUCUGUGUGCCCACGCACAAAAGAAGAAACUGUCUUUAUAACUUUAUUGAUUAUGAUUCAUUAUACUCAUUUUUCUGUUUAUCCCCGACUCCACUCCAAACACACAUACACAAGCCUCGAUCUCAGUAAAGAGCCCACCUGUGCCUUUAAGAGAGAGCCCCCCCCCCCCCCUUUCAUCAUCAUUAGCGCUAUGACCGUGAGCGAUGUGAUUCGCUGCUGCUUGCUCAUCGCCUCCUGUGGGACUCUCAUUCAGCCAUGGCCCACAACCUUUCCUGUCACACAAACACAGACACACACACACACAGACACAUACACACAUACAUGUUUGUAUGUUGCAGAAAUCAAUCAGUAAAAAUGACCUUAAGUAAA